UUGGGAUCGACCUUCACACUGCAAAUGAAUAACUUGUUGCAAAGACUCAUCACUAUUGUCUGUUUAGUCUUGUUUUUAUCUAAGCAAAAAAACGACUUAUGAUACAAUCUAGUCAAUUUUAUGGAUACACAGUCAUGAGCAGUUUAAUGUCUCAAAUUCGUUCCCUAUUUCGUCCUGUGUCAAAAGUUCGGGGAAGUAAUAAUAACUCCGAGGUAUUUUUAAGGAGAGUAAGGUUGUGUCUUCUUACUGCAGUUGCUGGUUAUGACAAUAAGCACACUAAAUAUUCAACGAGGAUUUCGCCGAAAUGGGUUUACGGGGAUGAUGCUUGCUUCUUAUCAGUAACAGAUUCUUCGUACGUCUUAGGUGUCGCUGAUGGUGUUGGUGGUUGGCGGUCGUACGGAGUCGAUCCUGGUCGUUUCUCUAGAGCAGUUAUGAAGAAUUGUGAGCGUGUUGUAAAUUCCGGUCGUUUUAUUCCCGACAAGCUAGAGGUUUUAAUUGCCCAAUGCUAUGAAGAUGUACUGAAUUCCAAAGAACUUAUUUUGGGUAGCGCAACCCUAUGCAUAGUUUCAUUGCAACGUAAUGAACACAGAGUUUAUGGUGCCAGUCUAGGUGACAGCGGCUAUUUAGUUAUACGUGAAGGACAUGUGAUUCAACGUUCAGUCCACCAAAAGCAUUCAUUCAAUACACCAUUCCAAUUGUCUUGUCCACCUACGCUUCGCUCAAGACGUUUUCAUUGUGAUUUACCUAAUCAAGCUGCUCAAACAUCUGUAGAAGUCAAACCGGGUGACGUAAUUAUCGUAGGCACAGAUGGCUUGUUUGAUAAUUUGACAGAAUCAAUGAUAUUACAAGAGGUAAAAACCAUUGAGGUAAGCUGUGUGUAUUUGUUUGGAAAAAUUUAUCAACUUCAUUUGAAGAUAAAUGAGAAAUUUGGCCUUCACAUAAGUGUUUGAAAACCGUCAGAAGUUUCCAGACCCAUAUUGUUGAUUGGAAGGAAAUCGAAUAUUUUUAAUAUAAAAAACUGUGAACAAUUUUUAGGGAAUGUUAGGAUAUUAGUCAAUUUUUUAUUGAUGUGAACACUACCAUAUAUUGUUUCUAAUGCUUGGCUAUAACCGUUGUGACACAAUCACUAGGUAAUUAUUCAAUCUCCGACAAAAGGGCUCGUCGUAUAAUUGUAUAGUUGAUCACACUCUAUAUUGAAUAACAGUGGUUGUGAAUAGAAUAAGAACUUUAGAAAAGGUUCAAAAUUAUCUCAUUGAAGUAUUUCCUUCAACUUGUUAGGUUUUUCCACCCAUCUAACCAUUAAAAGAAGCCGCAUGUUAUCGGAAUUUCAUUAUGGGGACAGUAUGAGUUAUCUUUUUAAAUAACAAAAUAAUUACAUGUACUUGUAUCUAACAUUUUGUUGGCUACAUAAAUCGAACAGGGUUGAGGUGUAAACCAGUAAACUAAUGCUUGGGGCUUUGAAAUUCAGUGUUAACUUUAUGAAUAGUUAUCGAUAACUCAAUGUUAUUCACUCACGAAUUUUUUUUUCUAUAUAUAUGCUGAUUUCUGAUGAUAUUGUUUCUAAUAUCUUCAGAAUGGUCUAGAGUGUUCCUAAAUAGUGUUUAAACUUAUAUUCUCCAUCGUUUAUGGGUCAUAAAAUGCUUGAUUCUUACUAUGAGGUCUGUUUUCUUACAAAACCUACUUUGAUUGUGUUCACACUUUAUAUACACACGUGAUUAUCUUAUCAUAGGUCCUCUUAAAUUUUCACAUGUGCUAACUUCAUUCUGUAGAAACAAGUAAACAGUUAGUAUAAAACAUUACAUUAGUGCGUAGUUAUCGACUAUUAUAUUAAAUUGUAAUUUGGAAUUUUGGGUAGUUUUGGUCUUUUUAUAUGUAUACGUACUUCACCUGGUAGUUACUAUGCCGUACAUUUGAAACUCCAAAUCGUUCCCAAAGUAUAUAUCCCUAUCGUUCUCAUUGUCGGUCUAUGCUGAUUUCAUCUACCUUUCCAGCUUUUUCUAUGGUAGCUGUUUUAUCUGUCCUCGUAAUCACUUUAAAUGGACCAUCAUAGUUCGGCUGCCAAGGUGGUUGUACGUUAUCUCUUCUAAUGAACAAAUGAGUGUUAUUAUGCAGUAAACGUAGCGUAGCUCCAUACACCAACUUUGCUUAACAACAUCCAAUAUCCUGUUUAAUUGUUGUUCUUAAACCCAACAUGAUUAGAGUAAGCUUAUUAGCCCAAUCGUUAUUGACAAUGACAGUUAUAAGAGACGCUUUUAACUGUCUGUGCUGGCGUUCAAGCAUACCGUUUGCCAUCGGAUGUUAGAAUAUCGUGCGAAUACGUUUAAUUCCGAGUUCUGUAAACUGCUGGAAAAGGCGACUUUCGAGUCGAGCUCCUUCAUCAGUUGUGAUAAUCUCUGGCACUCCAUAACAAGAAGUCCAAUUCUCGAUUGAGGCUUUGGUAACAAACUCGGCUAAGGCACUCUUUAUCGGUACCGCUACAGGCCAUCGCGUGAAUUUAUCGAUGCAUAUAAAAUUGUGGUUGUAGCCACUGGAAAUUGACAGAAAUUGAUAUUGUUAUAGCAACUCCGUUACAAUUAAUUUUGAUUACGCUUAAUUGACUUAUUUAACAGACAGUGUUAUUCGAACAGUAACAGUUCGUAUAUUUCAUUAUAUUAUUAUGAUCACGAUCAUGUCUGUAUAAACGUGUAUACUUGGUCACAUGUGACAGCCUACACACCUAUUCUUCACUCUACCUUAAGUGUUAAUCACUUAAAUAUCUCUCGAUGAACCAUUUUACUUCCCAUAUAUAUGUGCUAGAAUCUUAUUAAUUGCCUUGCCGUGUAGCAUGUUCGGGAUGCUAUUCUCCCCCUCGAAAUGCAAAAUGUUGCUUCAGGAUUGGGUUGCAUUGAAGCCUGAACUAAUGAUAGAGAGUGAAGUAGUCGAUCUUGUCGACCGCUUCACUUAUUUUGGAAGUCUCAUCAGCCCUUGUGGUCUGGUGUGUGACGAAAUCUCAGCACAGAUACAGAAGGCUCGACUAGCUUUUACCAACUUGCGUCAUUUAUGGCGUAGGCGCGCAUGGCCUUUUCGUGGAAGGUUUUUAACGUGUUAGCUCCGUUCUUCAAAGGGCCUUACCGCCGGAGACGGAAAUCCGUGAGGUAAGGUGAGGUGUGACAUUUUUAGGGUCGACCUUUUCUAACCCCACCCCUCCUUGUGGGAAGGCAGCAUCGCUGUCAUGCCGGUUGUCCGAGGGAAACACCUUACUGCUGUCACACCCCUCUACAGUCAGCAGUACGACUUCGCCCUCAGACCUUGAGUUGCUGCUUUUAGUCUUACCGUUCACCAAUCGACCUGCCUGGCAUGGUAGAAUCUACAGGAACAUAUGUUCCAGCCAAUAUAGCUUGGUUGGGUCAUUACGAUAGGCAAGUAGACUGAGUUAUGUUAGUAGGUCUAGACUACCUGGUUGGGGAAUGCGAGAUGAUAGCAACCGAUGUUUAAAGACCCUGAAUGACAUGCUUCAAAAUCGUUUGCAAUGGCGCAGGUGCAUACACUCUUUGUGUUCUCCCAAAUUUUGAUCUCCUUAUUCCUCGUUGUCUCUUUUUUUUCUCUCCCCAAAUUUAUUUCACUGGAUUAUACUCUUUAAAUAACAUAUCCAAACACUGAUUUUCCCUAUUACUGCUUAUACUCUUAUUACCUCUACCACUACGGGAUUUGAAUCGACCACUGCAUCUCUGUGCUAACGUGGUGUGGCAACUCGGACUGAUGUACGUACGUACGAAGUUCUACGUUGUUACUGACUGACUGGCUGCCUUGCCGUGCUUCGCUUCGCCUUGGUUCGAUUUGACUCCGAAUCUACCUCCGUAUCCGCUUGCUCGCGCGUACUCGCCUCUCUGCUCCAAUUCGCUCGAUGUACUUGUAACUUGGUUAUCUGUGUUGUCCAAUAAUAAAUUGUAGUCGUCACUUCUUGUUUCCUCCUGAAUUCUUACACCGUUGGGAUUUAUUUAAUAACGGUUAUCAUGGCGAUUGAUAAACAAAAUCUAAGGUAUUAUCUCAAAUCCAAACCGUACAGUGUUCUUGGAGUACUGUGUGUUAAAUGAGUUAAUUGAGGGGCUUGACAAAAUUAACUGUUGACAAAAUUAAUCGUAAGGGAGUUACUUUAGUUGACCCACCAUUAUUUCAGCUUUUCUUGAACAAUUACCACCAUUGUAUGGUAUUUAUUUCACAUUGUUGUGGCGAUAGACCAGGAUCAUAUAUACUCAUCAACAACAUAAAAAUUCAGUUUACAUAACAUAAACUGGUUUUAGAAUUUUGUUUAAGUUUAGAUUUUGAACCUGAUUUUCAUUGAAAUUUUUCACUUGACUUACAAUAACGGUUUUUCUCCAUCAGUUGUUGCUAUGAUAUCAGUGAAACUUCUUCCCUAGACUGUUAAUAUAUAUCUUAAGUAGCUUUGAAUGUGAAUAAUGUUUAAAUUUAUCUUUUAUGUCGAAGUCAAUGUAAAAUUCGGAAAUUUAUUUUGUGAUUAUUUGUCGGAUAGAAAGUAAGAGUUUAAAAAGAUACAUAAUAAACAGGUUUCCCAACUGUAUUUUCUCUCCAUUACUACUUUCCAGUUACUUGCAAACUGUACAAUUGAUAGUUUAAAACAAUGUGCUACACGUCUUGUAGAGCAAGCUCGGAGUGCGGCGUUCGCUCCUGAUUUCGUUUCUCCAUUCGCUAGUGAAGCACGUCGUUACGGUAUAAACAUUGCGGGUAAACCUACUGUGCCCAUUAUUCCAUUCCCGUUGUCAAACAAGCAGUAUCGAUUUUAUAAUUAUUACCCGCUCAACACUUUAAGCCUCAGUGCAUGUGAUGUAUUUGAUACAACUAUUUAUGGCGAUAAGCAGACGUAGAAAGUGAUUAGCAAUGGAAUUCAAGACGCACGUUUUGUCCUUUUUAGGACCGGUCAGCUGGGUAUAGUUGUGUCUUAGAGCUGGUGUUCACUUCGAGACUCGAAACUAGUACCAUUCGCUUAAAUUUCAUCGCGUUAUCCAAUGAGCUGUUGAAUCCAGUUUGUGUAAUGGAGUAUGUUUAAUUCAUUCGUACUGGUUGUUUAAAUCUUCCCAUUGAUGUUAAGGACUGCAAUUGAUCAGUCUUUUUUGGCAUAUAUGCAUGUAAAAUAUAUCAAAGUGUAUCAACUAUCAAGUUAUUCUGUGACAUUAAGUAUUUUCAUUGAUGUAAUGAAAUCUAUUCAAUAUUGUAAAUUUAUGUUAACAUUCAACCACUAUUUUACACUUGUCAUUUUUUCAAGGUGGAGUCCCUGGUGACAUAACCGUCAUUCUAGGAUUAGUUAUCGAGGAGAAACCAUCACCAACUAGUAAUCAUGUAAAAGAAACACGAUCCUCAUUAAAUCAUCAUCAUUUACUUUUUCAACCAAAUCGAAGUUUAUCAUGUUUUGAAUUAAACUAUAAUAAAUUUCAUUCAUUCAUUUCUUCCUCUUCAACAUUGCCAACUUCUUCAGCUAGUACUAAUACUGCUAAGUCUUUUUCUUCAAAAUUAUCUCGAACUUAUUCAUGUACUUAAUACCUUUUUCUAGUUAUAUUCAAAAAGAAAGUCAUAACUAGAUUUAUCUUGUCCUUCUGUCUGCUAAGACGGUCAGAUACUGUUUAAGAGUUAUCAACUAGUUGACUAUUUAACCUUUUUUUCUCUCACUUUCACACACACAUACACUGCACAUCUUUGACUACACAUAUUGUAAAUACUUUUAACCAGUGAAGUUAGCCAAACAAUUGUUAUCAUUAUUCUCUUACUUUUUUAUAAGUGUUUUAUCUUUUUACAGUAAGUCAAAUAAUCCAUUUGUUUAUAAUGAGGGGGAAUAUCAAUUUAUGUGUAGAGAUGAUCUUGUGUUGUAUAAUUGUAGAAAUCAUAUUUAUCAUAUGUCUGUUUUAUUUCCAAAAAUUUAAUUCCUCUUUCUUCUGUUUGUUAUCAGUCUUAUUUAGAACUUUUAUUUCCAUUGUAUAUAUGUAAUACAUUUGUAUGUAUAGAGGACAUUAGUGUGGCUUUGAUUGUUUUUUUAUAUAUUUGUUUUAUCUUGAUUGUUGUAAAUGAUCAAUUUAAUUGGUUGGGUAGAAUUAAUUAAUGGUUGUGCAUAUGCAUAUGUGCUCUUUCCAAAUAACUGGGAAGUUAUUUUAUUGUCAUUUUUAUGUUGUUUGUAUAUUACACAAAAUGUAAUCAACCUGAGUACUGG